CGGCCCGGCCCGCCCCGCCCGGCGGGAUCGAGGGGCGGGCGGCAGGCGCGGUGUGCCCGGCGCUGUCUGCUCUGCCGGCCUGAGAAGGGGCAUCCGAGAAGAGACGCGGAGGAAGAGCCCCCCGAGCAGGCUGCGCCAUGGCCUCGGCUGACCGCCGCCCCUAAGGAGGCGCGAGGGGCGGAAGGGCGGCGCGGUUGCUACGGCCCAGUGACAAGAGGCAAACAUGGCCCAAGCACCCCCUGACCCCAGCAGUGCAGAAGCUGUGGACCCUGAGGAGAGCUCCCCAAACAUGAUUGUCUACAGGAAGAUUGAAGACAUCAUUACAAGAAUGCAGGAUGACAAAACUGGUGGAGUUCCCAUCCGAACUGUCAAGAGCUUUCUGUCUAAAAUCCCCAGUGUCGUCACCGGUGCUGAUAUUGUACAGUGGCUUAUGAAGAACCUCAGCAUUGAGGAUCAAGGGGAAGCAAUACACUUGGGAAGUCUUAUCGCUGCACAGGGUUAUGUCUUUCCAAUCUCAGACCAUGUCCUUACCCUGAAAGAUGAUGGGACGUUCUAUCGUUUUCAGGCACCAUACUUUUGGCCUUCAAACUGCUGGGAGCCAGAAAACACAGAUUAUGCCAUCUAUCUUUGCAAACGGACCAUGCAGAACAAAGCUAGGUUGGAGCUGGCCGAUUAUGAAGCCGAAAACUUAGCAAGACUUCAGAGAGCAUUUGCAAGGAAGUGGGAAUUCAUCUUCAUGCAAGCUGAGGCCCAAGUGAAAAUUGACAGGAAAAAGGAUAAAACAGAAAGGAAAAUUUUGGACAGCCAGGAAAGAGCAUUCUGGGAUGUGCACAGGCCUGUGCCAGGCUGUGUGAACACGACAGAAAUGGACAUUAGAAAGUGUCGUCGCAUGAAAAACCCACAGAAGGUGAAAAAGUCUGUGUACGGGGUUACAGAGGAAUCUCAGCCCCAAAGCCCUGUACAUGUGCCCUCCCAACCUGUACGCAAGACUACUAAAGAGGAUUUCCGGAAACAAAUAACUUUUCUGAACCUGCAGAUAGACAGGCAUUGUUUAAAGAUGUCCAAAGUAGCAGAAAGUUUAAUAGCGUACACAGAGCAGUAUGUGGAAUAUGACCCCUUUAUCACUCCUGCUGAGCCUUCCAAUCCCUGGAUAAGUGAUGAUGCAGCUUUGUGGGACAUUGAAAUGAGCAAAGAACCGAGUCAGCAGCGUGUGAAAAGAUGGGGCUUCUCCAUGGAUGAGGUGCUGAAGGACCCAGUAGGACGAGACCAGUUCCUUCGAUUCCUGGAAUCAGAGUUCAGCUCAGAAAACCUCAGGUUUUGGUUGGCUGUCCAAGAUCUUAAAAAACAACCUCUACAGGACGUGACCACCAGAGUGGAGGAAAUCUGGCAAGAGUUUCUAGCUCCUGGGGCCCAGAGUGCUAUCAACUUGGAUUCCCACAGCUAUGAGAAAACAAGCCAAAAUGUUAAAGACCCAGGGAGAUACACAUAUGAAGACGCACAGGAGCACAUUUACAAGUUGAUGAAGAGUGACAGCUAUGCGCGCUUCCUCCGUUCAAAUGCUUACCAGGACUUAUUGCUGGCAAAGAAGAAGCCAGAGAAUGAGCAAGGUCGUAGAACUUCUCUAGAAAAGUUCACUCGCAGCGUGAUAAUUGGAAGAGCAUGAUUCUAGUAGCACCAUUUCAACAGUAUCCAUACUGACCUCCAUGCAUGGUUCAUGCUGCCGUGUGUAUAAAUACACGUACAUAGCCACCCACUGCAAUGCAGCCGCUCCCUCCGUUGCCCCAUUUGUCAGUACUCAUGUAAGUAAUGAUGGGUGAUACCCUUUGACUUGCUUGUAGUACUAACACCUGAAAAGGAAUGCGGUAACAGCAAGAAACGUGAUGCUGUUAAACCUCUUAGGUAAGGGGAUGCUGAGAUCUCAAGGACAGUGGGCAGAGGUCCUCUCCUCUCAUCCUUCACCAGUCUCUGACCUCCAGCUACUUGGGUUCCAAUGAUUUUCUAGAGAAAGAGGGCAACGCUUGGCUUCUUUCUGCUCCCAGUGUUGUGCAUACAUCCUGGGGUGCCCCCAUCCUGCAGUAGCACAGCCAGCUUGUUGGGAAAGGCUGGCAGAGGUCGGGGAGGGGUGCAGGAUGGGAUCAGCGGUGUUCAUGGGGCAGCAGAGAGCUAGCACUGAAGGUAUAUCAACAAUUCGUUCUGGUGUUGCUUUCUAUCAAGUAUGUUUUGACUUGAUACAUUGUACAGUUUUGGCACACCGCUGUGAUAUUCAGCUUUAUAGCAAAGAUGUUGGACUGUGUAUAUACAGUACAUAUGCUUUUACUUGCCUGUCUCUAUGUAUUUAUGUAUAUUCAUAUAUAUACAUGCUGUAUAUGUCCACACAGUGUAUAAAUAUGAAACAUUUGUACAUCCAGAUAGAAAAGGGGAAACUGCAGGUAAGUGUGAGCUAUCAUAUAGCAGAUAAACUCGGAGAGAUUCUUUCUGGUGCACAUACAAACCAAAAGCAGAGCUUUGUAGUAUAUCCUCUGGCAGGCUUCCUGAGGAAUGUAUUUAUAUAGCUAAUGCAUAUGCACACAUUUGAAGUAUGUUGAUACAAAAUAUAUCACUGUGCCCAUCUGCAUAUUUACUACUUUGUAAGAGUUUGCCAGAAAGAGGAACAGGCAAGAUUUUUUUUUAAAUAAACUAUGCCGAAAUAUUUACACCAAGUAGCAAAUUCUGCUCCUAGAUUCACCAUUCAAGCUUAGAGAAGUCCUUAGAAGUACAUGGGCAGCACAGCAGUAGGGUAGACAUAGCAGUCUCUGAUCCCUUCAGCCCUGUGCUUGGCUCCUGGCUGUGAAGUCAGAGGUGCAAAGCUGGACUGGCUCUGCUAUGCACUCCAAGGGACAAGGUCGGCCUCGGGAAGCUGCGCUUGCUCUGGGCAACACAUUGCAGAUCUGACAGUCUGUUGCACUAGAGCACUUACUAAUCCACCUCAUUUAAAAAAUGACGGCACUGCACACGGUGGCAGGUUUAUCUUAUUACAAUUUUCCUUUCGAAUAUAGCAAGGAUUGACAUUAUGAAAGCAGAGUUAGCCUGUCUUCUCACCCAAGUGAAGAUAAAUGACAUCAUAAAAAUCAGACAUCAUGUAUCAUAUAUGUUAUAAAUAAUACUUGUUACUGAGGUAAUAACUUAAUUUUAAAGACAUACACACACAAAUCCAUAUAUCUACAUCUCUCUCUUCUGUCAUAUCUGAUCAUCUUACUAAUUAAAAGGAGCCUGCUAUACUAUUUUUAGCCAUGCAGUCUCAGCCUAGCUGUUUAAACCACAGUAGUUUCCCAUCUGCUUUAGAAAUGAUUUAAUAAUCAGACAGAAGCUUAGUUCUCAUAAGCUGAGAUGAUCCUUCAGGGCUGAGAGUGGAAGGAAAAUAUAUCGUAAUGAGUACGUUUAGGGAAACUACUGGUGUUGUUGUCUUGCAGAAGAAGCUACCAGGUCUCUUCCUAUCUUACGCUGGUGACUAUUUAAUGGAAGGGGAAACAAGAGUGUUUAUUAUUAUUUCCCCUUGUUGCACCUUGCACCAUUUUGAGUUCUCUCUCUAAAGCAUCAGUGGUUACUCAGCAGUAACAGGGAUUAUGGGGAUACUGGUCUCAGCAGGUAACUUCAAGCGAUAAACCUGGGCCAUGAUAUUCUGACUUUAUUUUGAACUUUUUAAAAUCACACUAUUCCAAGGAAGGAAUAUCUCUCGUAAGUAAACUGCUGUUAAAUGUUCCAGCUCAGUAUUGAGACACUGACACAGUACUGAGCACAUCUCUGCGUUUUAUUCCCAGCUGACUCUUGUUUGUGAACUAAAGGCAUGCACAGAGCUUUUGAGAGUACUGGAGUUCUCGAUCUCUAUGCCUUAAGAAUGUUGCCAGAUAUUGGAUAUAGCCUUUGUUUGGAAUCUGACAUUGCAUGCUGUUAGUUGUUGUGUUCCUGGGUUGAGAAGGUUCUGUACCUGAAUAAGAUGAGAAAGUUCCUGCUUGUCUCUUCCAUCGAUGGGAUAUGAGAGAAGAGUGGUAGGACCUGGCAAAACCAGCAGCUGCUGCCAAAAAUGCAAAUGCCAGGCUUUGGGCUACAUAUUGGAGCCUAAGGAACAUCUUCUACUUGUGUUUUCUUUGCCCUACCUCCUUCCUCAAGCAGUAGUUGGCCACUGCGGCGUAUAUAGUGGCAUGAUUUGUAGAGACACAUCAUAGCUGCUUGCCACCUAUGCUUGUGUAUGGUAAACUAUAGCCUGUAUUUUAUCUUUCAUUGUUACAGUUCUUAAGAAGUGAAAUAUUAAAUAGGAAAAGGAGUCUCCUGGUACCUUUUAGGGGUAGUGUAAGUAUGCAGUGAGACUGAGAGUCUCAGGAAAUUUAUUUUAAAUUUAGCAUAGUAGAAGAUAUCAGGUACAGAAGAGAGAUGCACUGUGAAAUGUAUCCAAAGAAUCAGGGAGUAUUUCCAAGCGGUAAAUUGAACUCACUGCAGAAAGAAUGAGGUGAAAGAAGAGGUGGUCUGUGUUUGGCUUACAUGGGGAUUGGUCUGUAGGUUAAGAACUCAAGAAUAGAGCUUCUCUAAUGAGCUUUCAUUUAAAGGACCUUGGACAUUAUGAAUAGGGCAUCUUAUACAGGACAGCAAGUCAAUGAAAACCAAGGAUCGUCUUUGUUCUCAGAUUUAGUUGAAGAACUGAAUCAACAGAGGGGCUCAGCUUUGUUAGCCAUGUGAGACAGAACUGAAGGAGGCAGCAGGCAGGGGCUGGUCAGCAGGAGCUGCUGUAAGUCCCUGAGGUAGCAGCAGUUGGUGUUUGUAUUUUCAUCCAGAACCCUUGCUCCCACUUUCCUGUAUUCCCAAUCCUUGGUCAGUGCUACUUCCCUGUGCUGUUUAGAUUUUUAUGUCCUCUUGUUUUGUCUACUGUUGGAUCACAGUCCAAAUGUUGGGCUCUGACUCUCCUGGUCAUUAUUCUUAGUUCAUGAGUAUGAAAUCACACAUGUAAAAUCUAUCAGUAAGGUCUCACCUUUCUCAGCUGAACUGUAUAUUCUGUGCAGCUGUGUGUCACUGUGACGUGUUACAAAUACUAACCAUGAACGCAGUUCUCAGCAUAGAACUGGAGGAGGAAUUGCUGUCUGAUAUCAUCAUUUCUCUCUUUUCAGCUGGCUCCUUGAUAAUGUCAUAGAACUGUCAUACACUUACCAGCUUUUCUACUUUUUCACUUUCACAGCUCUACCUAAUUGCAUAAAUAGAUUGACUGCCUUUGAGGGAAUGGAAAGUAUUCAUGACCUGCAGUAUAAUAAAGCCAAAAGUUUAAGCCAUUAUGGCUAGAAAAUACAGUGAGAUAAAGUGUGGAUAGUAGAAGGUGAUACCCUGAAAUGCUGAUGAAAUGGGUGUCAGGAACAGACAGUUAGAAGGAAAGGAUAUAGGAAUGGAUGCCAAAGCUUCUUAGAUUUGGCACCAAGAAAAGCCAUCUGGAAAAACAGUUAUUUUUAUCUUUGGAUGAUGUCUUACUUAAAAAGAAAAUUUGCUUGUUCCUGUACUCAAGUCAUUAACAAAUACUGUCUCUAGUGGGAAAAGAUACUUGUGUUCUGUAGGUGUGGGAAGCACCAGAACAUACCUGAAGCUUGAGGGGGCCCAGUGUGCACUGACAACUUGCCUGUUAUGUGCAGUAACCGGUCAGUGGCUGGCCCUGCUGGGGGCUGUGUGCCAGGGAUGUAAGUGCACGUACUGACAGGUCUCUGCAUGCUUGUGUGCACUACAUCUGUUCCUGGUACCCACACAGUUCCCUACCUGUACAGUGUGUGGGCUGGAUAAGUUUAUGCUGCAUGCACAGUUCAGGAAAUGGUGGGUUGCAUGUAUUGCAUGUACAUUGUGUUAUCUAUUUGGUAUGCAGGUCUACUUCAAAAGAUAAAUAUUCUUCAUCUCUCACGGGUAAGUUACUCUUCACUUCCCAUCCUUUAAAUGCUGCUGUGUGGCUCUGCUUGCACAGGAUGGGCCACAGUGUUGGCCCCAGAGGUUUCUGCUCCUGCCCUGUGUGUACCAUCUUUGGGAUCCUUCUGAAUGAAAGGCCCCUUAUGGAGUUCAGGAGAUGCUUACUAUUCAUGUACUACCUUUUAUUCCAGCUGCAUACAUAUUCUAGAAGAUAAAACUACCUUCCACAUGCUGUAGUUACUGAAUCAUGGCCUCAGCAAGGAUUUCUGGGGCGGGGGGUUGGGUACUUCAGCAAUUUCAGACAGGUUGAUAUUCCAGCACCAACAGGCAGCAUGUUUCAAGCAGGAAUGCUGCAGCAGGGAUGGACUGACACCUAGAAGUGCCCUGUGAAACAGCCAGGGAUGAGGCAUGUUUUAAGGUAGGUUCUCAAACACCACUGAGCUGCACUUGCCCAGGCAGUUCUAUACUGGACAGGAUCUGGGCUAUCUGUCCCAUGCAGCACCAUGGUGAGCACUUGGCACUGGAACUGUGUCGUCUUUUAGGGCCAUCCCUCCAUCUACAGACUGCUUGAACUAAUGGCAGCAUAGGCCCUGACACAUUCUUAGAUACACAGAGCCCAAUCUGCUCCCUAGCAGAAGAGAUUUUCAGCCAUUUUCCUGGUGCUUCUGGGAGGGCAGAGGAGAGCUCCAGCAUUCAUGGAGCUGCUUGAGGAGCAGGUGAGUACUGAGCUCAUUUAUGUUCCUUUUUUACAUGUAGUGGUGCACUAGGGAUUCUGAAAGCAAAGCAUAGCAUCUGCUUUUAUAUUCCAUCAUAUAAAUUGAAAAAGGGGAUAAAUUGCAAUGGGGAUGUCAGAUGUAGAAGCCAUACCCUGGUUAGCAGAGCUGUGAGCAGCAGCAGUGCAGAGCAGCUUAGACACCUCGGUACCAGCAGCAGGCUCACGCUGCACCAUGUUAGGGUGACUCUUGACAUGGUCCUGGUGGCAAUGGGUGGGCAUUCUGUGUACUGCCAUUGUGCUUGCCCUCUACAGCAGGUCCAGUGUUCAGUCUGUGUCAGCAUGGAAUUGGUGGUCUUGUCCAUGACAUUUUGUGUGCUUAUUUAAGUGAUAUCUGUUCACAGUUGUGUUUAUUUUGCAUUGAACUAAGCUAUUUUCCUUUAUUGUUUAUGUUUUUAACUCUGCUUUGUACUUAACUUUGUUAAUUUGUGUUGCUUAUUUUAUGUUUGCAGUGUAUGUUUUCAUAAAAAAAAGUAAUAUCUAAUAAAAAGUAUAUAUUUUUUCAUGACACAAGAUUAAGAUUUCCCCAAGAUCUACUCUAACACUGAGAACCAGUGGGCCCUGGAAAUCUCUGGGAGUUAGGGUUGGGACGCUGCCUGCCCACUCCCAGAGUUCCCAAAGUACGGUAGCUUAAUGUUACAGAAUUGUGUGGUAUCUGUCAGAAUGUGAAAAAGCUCAAAUUGCAGCUGGCUGGAGAGAGAUUUGCUCACCUCCAGUGGUACACAGAGCAGUCCCAGUCCUCUGCUGUGGUCUUACAGAGGGAUGGGGAUGUACUGCUCCCCAGGGGAAGGCCUCUCCCCCAGGAAAGUGAUGAUUCUGGUUGGGGUAGGGACAGCACCAGAGGGUAGAAAGGGAUGGAGAGCAAUCAAUGGAGUCAGCUGUAGCAGAGCCCUAAGUGGGAGGGUGAGGAGCACGGAGUGGAGUGGCAUAACAGUGCUUGGUUUGUGUUGCUGUGGUAAAGAGAUGAGCCAGUGCUGGAGCACCAGCAGCGUCCCACGUGCUUCCUUGGCCUCACUACUGGGGACAAACACUGCCCACUCUUCAGGUAAGUGCCUGAUGGGGUGCAUGGGAGUGCUGGCCUGUGCAUGCUGCUGGUGGUGAGCGACUACAUGUUGUGCACGUGAGCUGUGCUGUGUGCUGGGCACAGCAUAUCACUUGUGUGAAACUACAGGCAUGGGACAAAACUAAGCUGUCUGCUUAUGAAAAAAGAUAGUUCACAGCCUUUGCCUUCUCUCUUAGCUGGGCAAAGUGCUGGCAAAGAGCAAGGUGGAAAGUGGUGGCUUGUACAAGAGGCUUGAAAGGAGAUCUGUCUCAUUUUUCUGUCAAUCUCAGAUGGUUGUUUUGUUUUCCCCUCUUACUUGAUUUUUUGUCUGUAUUAAGUUGCUGAAUUCUGCUUCAUUCAGAUAAUUGCUAAUUGCAUUUUAUAUUUUAGUUUCAUAGCUGCUCAGGAAAUGCUUGGCCAUAGAAGGUGCUGUGCACAUCUGGCAGCCUGUGGGUUGCUUCAGCAGGCUGUGGUGAGAGCCCUGCUGGUCCCAGGAGCUGGCUGGUCCCCUCCCAGCCACAUGGUUGAGUGGGAGGGUGGGCCCCAGAGAUUGGAAGCCACCUUCUGGAGAGAACUUUCAGAAGGUUUAUUAAGAAUUUCCUGACUUUUUCCUUAGGUUACUCCAGGUUGUACUUUGUAUGACGGUAAAAGAAGCGCUGUAGUGCGCUGAGCUCAAGACAUUGUGCUUUGUCAGCAAAGCUUAGGUGAAACUUCUGGAAAUAAGUCAGGAGCUAGAGACAUUUUUGUGCAGUGGGGAAAGGAGAGCUAGAGAUGUGGGCCAGCAGCUGGCUUCCAGCUAAACAAAGACAUGUGGAAGGAAAAAAAUCAUUUAUCUUGGCUGAGACUUUUUAAAGAAAAUGUGAGGUCUUUUGUAAUGACCUAAACUUUUAUCUACCUGUCAAUGAUCUCAGAGGGAAUCCUGACCAAACACCAGGUCAGACCCAAAAGGACCCUUGAAGUUCUCUGGCAUACUUUGCACCCAGCUAUGUUGUGGUGUGACCGCAUCCCUGGAGCAGCCUCCAUCUGCCUGACACAGAUGUUCAUGGGUGGCUGAGAUGCAAAGACCCCCAGAGUGAGGCAUCAGAGGUUCUCUUUCUAGGUAGGAGCCACUUUUUGGCUGCAAGAUACACGGAUUUGUCUUAUCCUGGCCAUCUGAGGUGACAGGGGCCAGCCUCACCUGUCACAUGGCCACCCCACUGCAGGGCACUUCUUUCCAGAGACAACAAAGCAUGUCUCCUGAACUGGGGUUUAGGUUGUAUCUUCUGCAUGGUGAAAAGCAAAAUAUAGUACUCUCAAAUGUGCUGUGUCUCCUUCUGGACCUCAUGCUACAGAGGCAUGGGAAGAUUAAAAAGAAGCAGAAAUAACAGAGACUGGUUGGUAUAUCUUUGAGAAGAGAAUCCCAAAGCAGUUGCCUGCAUCCCAGUAACCUCCAGUCUGCAGGUGCUCACCCCAUUCAGGCCCCGAAAGUGAAGCUGAUCCCCACUUCUGCCUUGGGUUGGAACAGAUGUGUCAGUGUCUGGAGGCCUCUGAGGAACCAAAGCAGAGCAGUAUGUAGUCUAAAGCUCUCUCGGUGUUAAUCUAUGUGUGCUGGCUCCUUUCUCCACCCAUCUUGCUGCUGCUGUGCCAGCCAGGACUGGGCCAGACCCACAGGACUGAGCCCACUGCAGAUCCAGGAGCUUCGCCUGCAGUGCCAGAGGAAGCUGUGAGGGAUAGCUGCGGUAUCUUGCACUGCCAAACUGGAUGCUGAGGCGGGAGCUGGCAUGUCCCCAGCUGCCUGCCACAGAGAAGAUAACAGAGAAGCUGCCUGGCUGCCAUUAUCUAGGGCCUGACUGAAUGGCCAUUAUAAAAACCCAACGAGUAUUCUUUUUUUUUUUUUUUUUUUUUUUCCCUAAGGAACUAUUUAAAUAUGGGUAGAAAUAUUUUUUCCUAAAACCGCCAUGUUAUGCCUCCAGAAGUUAACAUCUGGAUGUUUACUUUCUUUUCCUUCAAAUUGGAUUUAAGAAUCAAUACUUUCUCUGCACCCUUUCACUGGUGGCAGAGAACUUACUUACCCACCCCCUGGGACUGCACUGUCCCAAGUUCCCCAGGAGCACAUUCAAAAAUGAGAAUAACCAGAAAUUUGAUCUACAGUGAAAGAAAGUAGGCUUAUCUUAAACAGCAGCAGUGUCACACAGCAGCUGGGCCCCAGGAGAGAGCCUGCAGGACGGUGAUGGUGGCUCUCCCGUUCCAGGAGGGAUGGCCCAAGUGACAUAGCAGUUUGUCACAGCAGAGUGUGGUCACAUUAAGCUCUGUAUGUUUGGGCAGCCCAGCAAAUUUCCUGGUAAAGGCUGCACACCUGAGUGGUGUCAUCAGGCUUCUGCAAAGAGCUGCUGCAUCCUCCUGCUGUAGUUCUGAGUGGGAAGAGAUGAGGAAACAAAGAGGCUGAGGGGUUCUUUUUUCUUGGAGUGUUAAUGUGUUAAACUAGCGAACAGACCUGGAUCUGUUCAAACUGCUCAUAUGAUCUUUGGCAGAGGUUUGGCCUAGAUCAUAUGCCACUUCAGAGUCUGAGAACAGGAGUCACAAAUACAGGACUGUUUCAGUAGGUAAUUUGGAUGUGGCCACCUGGUUUUGAAGAGUAAUUGGGGUGAAUUACCAUCUUAAGCUACUGAUUUUCUGUACUCUGUGGGUAUAAACUACAUGCCAGUUCUGAUUUUCCUUCCCUUUGCAUUCUGUAUUUGUUGCAAGAUGAUCAAACAACUUCUCUAGUUGGUAUUGGCUGGAUGGUCUCAUUCAAAGAGUUGUGGUCAACAGUUCAGUAUCUGGGUUGAGACCAGGAAUAAGUGGCAUCCACAGGGGUGGACAAGCAGUGACUGAGGCCAGUUAGCCUAUCACUGGCCACAACUCACCUUGCAAAAUCCAGGGGUAAAACUGCAGGUAACUGAAACACCCUCACCAAACAGUCUAAUAGUCUCAGUCUUGUGGCAGCAGUUUCACUCAUGCUGUGGGUCUCUCUGUCUGUCUGUCCAUCUGUCUAUGCCUUCCUCCAGGGAAAGUCUCUGGCCAGCAAACGCCUGACGGGCCUGAUGCAGUCCUCCUGACAGCCACCCCACCAGUCUGCUGCCCCACCAGGGAGGGCAGGGUGCCACGGGGGACAGCAGGAGCAGAGAGCAGCUCAGCGAGGGACAGCCCGCCUGUCACCAAUUACAUCAACACUUUAUCUGCACAGCUUUGUAGCGACACCAAGCUCUGCACAGGGACUUGGAUUCCUGCUUGGGUUUGGAGGAGCACAGGCCACAGUAGACAGGAAGCAACGAGGCAAGGGCUUGGUGUGUUGUUAUUUAAGGAAACAGACCUCACCACUGCUUGGAGAAAGAGGAACUGAGAGAGAUCAGUGGCUUUGCUUCACCUCUUCUUUUCCUAGCACAGACACGGCUAUAAAAGAUGCCACUGCAAUCCCAUUUGCUCCUUUUCCUGUGGCCAUCUGGAUCCAAUAAAAUAUCUACUGGAAGCUGCUGCUCCUUUCCACAAAGUAUCAAAUGCAUCUCUCCUGCAGAUACAUUGACUUUAGCUUUGUUUUCUUCUUUCCUAUGUCUCUCCUUAUUUAAAAUAGCAGGGGAAAAUGGCCCUCAUUAAGUUUGUCACUCGCUGUCCUUCCAAUGGCAUGUAGCAUGUCCAAAGACAAUGGUCAGAUCCUCAUCUAAAGGCAGAAGACUUUGAGUGGCUUACAUCACCUGAGGAUCUGCCCCACUGCGUCAGACUGAUCUUGGUGCAUAUCCUCCAACAUCGGCGGGAUUGCUCUGCAUGUACGUUUAGUGCAAGACUGCCUGACGUAGUUGUGUUUUAGAUGUACAAUGCACAUAUGCACAAACAAACACACAGACACACAUGAGGUAUUUAAAAGUGAGUUGUUUUCUAUUGUAUUUGGUUUUUUAUUUAUUUGAGGUUUUGCAUACUUAUUCAAUGAUGGAUGUUCAAGUUUUACACCAAGUAGGUAGAGCUGAACCACUUAGAAGAUAUGUAGCCCUAAUUACGAAGGGCCAAAAUCUGUUCAUGCGCAUACAGGGAAAAGUAACUGCUGUAGGCAUGUGUAAUGGUGAGCAAAAUUCAGUCUGCAGCAAGGAGAGAUCUGAUGGAGAAGGGCUUGGCAGAAGCAGUUUGUGGCUGUCCAGAUGCUUGGGUACCUGUAAUUCAUCUGUUGUAGAACACACGAAUACAACUGCAAGAGAUGACCCAAUAGCUUGUUUCAGAACACUGGAAUUAUGGAGGUUAGGAUGAAGUCAGAUCUGAAGUGACUCACAUUAUACUAGCUGCAGAUAUGUAAAAUGGAUUGCAUUCACAUACAGUAUACUGCCUAUAUACAAAACUUACAAUUUCAAUUGACUUAAUACCACAAAACCUCCUGUACUUCUUAAGCAGUUCAGAUCUGAAGUGUAUGUGAAAAUAGACACUUGGUCUUCUUCCCUCAUGCCAAGCCAAGCUGGUUCUUUUGUGCAGGUGGUAGAAAUUGCUAUAUGGCUACACGUCUGCAUUCCUAUCUAGGCAAAAUUAUCUAUCUCGCUAAGUAGACAGCUGGUACCGACCGUAUUUAUUUCUGUGGCAAAUACUAUCCUAAUAUCUGAGGCUAAUGUAUGCACAAAAUCAGGUCAGCAUAGUUUCCACCAGUAAAAGGACUUUCCCUUUUUACCCAUGAAUUUUCCCACUUUGAUACCUCAAUUAUUUUUCCCAGACAGCCUGAUAUCAGUUUUGCAUAAGGUCUAUAGGACUCUCUAAACCUGCAUGGCUAUACGGUAGAGUACUGAGUAUGGUAUUUGUUGUUUACACUCACCUAGUUCCCAUAAUCAGCCUGUUAUCUGGGGUCUUCAGACCAAAUUUGUCCUACAGUGCAGACAAGAGCUCCAGGACUGCAGAACCAUCUUGGCAGUGCCUGUACAUUCAGGUGACAUUUUGCCUCUGAUGGGGACGUUUGGACCUUUGCUGAUUGUCACUCAACCAUCUCAGCAGGACCUGUCCAUUCCAUGCUGACCACCCAGCCAAAGGCUCCUCUCUGGCAGUAGCAGGUUUCUGUGCAGCAGCCCCAGUCGUCCAGCCAUGCAACAUCACACAUGCCCCCCUGUGCCACCCCUAAGAACAUGCUGUGUGCUGCCUGUAGGUAAUUUGCUGGGUUUGAACGGCCGAGAGCAUGGGGGGAACUGCAGACAGCGAGCACACAUAUGGGCAUACAUCAGGGGGCCUGGAUGCUGAACAGCUUGCCAUCUAAAUGCACACUCGCACAGCUAAUCUGCUCAGCGGUGGUGAGCCGAGCGGAUGGAGCUGUGUAUGCUCUGCAGAGGGGAGAGCUCCCCUUCUAGCUUCCUGCCCAAAUUUCUCUGAGACAAACAUCAUGAGAGCAGACAGGGCCUCCUCCUGGGAGCAUGUACAAAUGGCUGUUCACGUGUCUUUUUCUUCACAUAUGACAAUGGUAACAUGUAACUAUUUCCAUGCAACCUGCAUCCUUGAAUUACUGCUGUUUAAUGACAUCACUUAUUGCAAGUGAUGCUUCUCUUGCGCACUUGCCAGUGAGCACCACCCACUGAGUGCUGCAAGCAGUAGUCUGCUGCUUUAUAAGCAUCCAUGUCUUCCAGCUACCUCAUCGCCCAGAAGAUGAGUUAGGAAAUCGGUUUUCCACUUCUCCUGAUGUUCUCAAUGGCAUUGUAUCAAGAAAAAACAGGCUGGAAAGCUUUUACAAUCUCCACGCUGUGAGAGCUAGCCACCAGGCAUCCCAUGCCUGCAGGGCUAUGGCUGUGAAAUACAGCUGUACACUGUUAUUUGGAUUAUGGAAUAUCCAGAGCAUUAACGGACAUUGUAGUAGACCAGCACCAGGACAAGCACGAGGAGGGUAUGGCAGGUCAGUGCAAUGUUAGGCUAAGGAAAAUGGAUUAGUACAUUCUAUGUAUGUAUAACUCAGUGCUAAAAUCCCAUAGAGUACUGUAAUAAAAUGGUAGCAGGGCAGCCAUAAAAAGCCACAGUAAGCUGACAUAAUAAUACCAGGAUAAAUGUAGCAAUAAGGUAUCACAGGCCACUGCAGUAAAGUAGCAUUUUGGUAAUGCAGCAAUAAGACACAACAGGACGCUGCAGUAAACUAGUUUGGAGAGUAAGGCAGUAGUGGAGGUAUGUGGGGGCAAUUUGUGUCAGGUACUGCAGCAAUAAAGCCAACACAAGGUGUGCUAGUAAUAAGUUACUACAGUAACAGCAACACAAUGCACUGUACAGCUAUAUCAGGAUGCUUCCAUGCUGCAGGCAAGUCCUACAAGACAUGGUAGUGAGACAAUGAAUGAAACAUGUACCCCAUAUUUGUAAAAAUUGGGUCUAUUCUCUGCAUAGUAAAUAAGAUCCUGGAAUGGUCUCGUCAGCACUAAUCCUGUCCACUCCUGCUUUCAAGAAAGCUGAGGUGAGAGUGUUCCCCCAUCCAAUUUCUUAUACUGAUCUGUAAAUGCUAACUCAACUCAUUGUCUUUUUGGCCAGAUUUUCACAGAUGGUGAAGUUCUUCAGUCAGUCCUCACUCAGGUGGCACUGGCAAUUCAUUGGUCCUUUGCCUUGGGAAGGCUUUGGUUCUGUCAUCUUCCGGAAUGGGUGGUGCUUUCAGCCUACAGCUAUUUCUCUUUUGGGGUGGGGAUGGGAAACCAGGUACAGGACAUCUGACUGUACUGCCCUGUUUCCUGAAAUGCACAAAUAAAUUGAGCAUCCUGGAAAAGUCAAA